AUGACUCCUACAAUCCUCAUUGCCGGCGCGACGGGCAACACUGGCCGAAGUGUCGUUGAGACUCUCUCCCGUUUUCUGAGUAAUAGCGAUGUUUCGCCUGAUACUCGCAUCCUUGCUCUUACACGUUCCAUCAAUUCGUCAGCCGCUCAGCAUCUCGCAAGUCUCCCUAGUGUUACAAUGAUCGAGAAGAACUGGGUCGAUAUCAAUGCCUCUUGGCUGCGCGAACAGAAGGUCAUCAAGGCUUUCAUCGCAUCACACAACGGUCCGAGCCAAUUCGCCGAGGAAUCGACCUUCCACCACGCCGCACUAAAGGCCGGCGUACAGUACGUUGUGCGCAUCUCCACAACGGCUGCCAACGUUCGUCCAGACUUCGAGGCUUACUACCCGCGGACUCAUUGGGCUAUUGAGACCAUGUUGAGUUCGCCAGAAUUCAGAGAACUCAAGUGGACGUCCCUACAGCCAAACAUUUUCUUCGCGGCACACCUAUACAGUGCGGUUGAGUUUGUCAAAGAAUACCGUCAAACGAAGAAGCAGGGAAUCCUGAAGCUCAUCGCCGACAAGGACGCACCCGUAGGCGCAAUAGACCCUGACGACAUUGGUACUUUUGCUGCUCAUUUGCUGUGGAAACAAGAUCCUUCUCGGCAUAAUGGAGCAAAGUAUGUUCUGAAUGGGCCUACGGAUGUGACUGGUCGAGACAUUGUUCAGUGGGUGGAGGAGGCAAUUGGUGAGCCCGUGGACAACGUCGAGUACAGGGAUGUGUCUCUUGUGGACGCUAUGGUAUUAGCAACAAAAGAGUCCAAGAACGUGAUCUCCUCGAUCAAAGCUGCUCCAGUUACUCUGUGGGAAGGCAAAUGCCCGGCGUCGACCACAAGCAAAGAAGUCAUCGAAAUAGCCGCGCCCAACCGUUCAGUCAUCGAUGCGUGGAAAGCCUUCCUGUCUGCAAACUAA